AUGAAUUCCCGUGGCAGCAAAAUUGAAUGCAACAAACCUUUGGGAAUGGAAUCCAGAUUAAUUCCAGAUAAGGAUAUAACUGCAAGUUCUUUUUACGAUUCGGCAAGUGUCGGACCUCAACACGGAAGGUUGAAAAAUGAUAAAAAUGGCGGAGCUUGGUGUCCGAAAAAAAUGAUCGAUAAAGAAGCUCACGAAUAUUUAGAAAUUAAUUUACACGACCUUUACGUGAUAACGGGUACAAAAACGCAGGGAAGGUUUGGAAAUGGAAAAGGACUUGAAUACGCGGAAAAAUUCAUGUUGGAUUAUUGGAAACCUGGAACGUCAAAAUGGAGUCGAUGGAAAAGUAGAAAUAAAUCCGAGAUAUUAAAUGGAAAUUCAAACACUUACACGGAAGAAACUCAAAUUGUUGAUCCACCAAUCAGAACGCGGAAAAUAAGAUUCGUACCUUAUAGCGAUCAUUUAAGAACCGUUUGCAUGAGAGUCGAAUUAUUGGGUUGUUUAUCACCAUAUGGUCUCGUGAGUUAUUCGAUGAAUCAGGGCGUGCAAAGAGGAAACGAAGUCGAUUUAACCGAUCAAACGUACGACGGAAUAGAAGAAAAUGGGAGAUUGUAUGGCGGUUUAGGACAAUUGGAAGAUGGUGAAAAAGGAGCGGAUAAUUUUAGAUUGGACGUACGAGGAAAAGGAAAAGGUUUCGAAUGGGUCGGUUGGAAAAACGAUACACCGAGUAUGGCCGGCCGUCCAGUUGAAAUAAUUUUCGAGUUCGAUAAAGUUAGAAAUUUUUCAGCCAUGCACAUACAUUCGAAUAACAUGUACAGUAAAGACGUACAGGUAUUUUCUCUUGCUCUCGUUUACUUCAGCAUCGGUGGUAAUAAAUUUUCCAGCAUGCCCGUACAUUAUUCCUACGUUCCAGACCUCGUCAUAGAACAUGCUAGAAGCGUGACGAUAAAACUACAUAACACGUUGGGAAGGUUCGUCAAAUUAGAGCUUUAUUUUGCAAAUCGAUGGAUAUUGAUUAGCGAAGUCGAAUUUGAUUCUGUGAUAGUAAAUGGUAAUUAUAGCGAUGAGGAAACGGAAAAUGGCGUCGUCAAUUUUCCUUUCGAGGGUAACGAAGUGAACAAAGGAUAUCCACUACAAAGGGAUGAUGUACAAACAACCCCGAGUAAAAUUGACCACAAUCAGUUUAUCGCAUUGGUUAUCGGAGCCUUAUCAACGGUUAUACUCAUACUCGUUGCUGCCAUCAUGUUUAUAGUAUUUAGAAAUAGAAGAUUAAGGAAUGCAUUGGGUGGUACAUCGAAUACCGUUUUACCCGGUGGUUUCGUUGCCACCGGACCUAAUGGAAAAGGCGUUACCAUAAAUAUGAAGAUGAGAGUAAACGUGAAUGCUAAUGGUCACGUAUAUGGUCAGGUAUCCGUCGAAGAACCGGAAGAUAAGGCAGUCAUUUACCAAGAACCUUUCAACAUGAACAUGUACGCGGGUUUAACGCCGAGAAGGAAUAAAGCUUUGGAAUGCGGAGGUUUACCUAUAAAAACUCCGACGGAAUUACCGUCAUAUGUUGGAGGAAGAAACGAAGAUUAUGCCGUACCGGAAAUAAUAAAAACUCCACCGCCACCUUUUACUCCAUCUCCGUUAUCGUCGAUGAUGAGAGGACCGUUACCACCUUUGCAAAAUUUUUUUCCAAAACCUCCGGCGAUACCACCGCCGCCGCCACAAAUGGAAAAAUAUUAUGCAACAACGGAAAUUUGCAAAGUGAGUAUUAGUAGUAGUAGUAGUAGUAGGAGUAAUAAAAAGUGCGUAAAUAACGAUUUAAACUCAGGUUUUUUGAGAGUGAAUAAUAAUUCACCGGGAUAUCAAACUUUAUCACUUUCAAGACUCCUUUCAGACAAUAACACAGAUUCCGAGUUUCCCGUAACGGAAACGGAAGACGAAGGAUGCUGUGACGAGAUAUCUGUGCCUAACAUAAACGAAACUCAAUUAAAAACAAUUGAAAAAUUGGGUUACGGACUUUUCGGAGAAGUAAAAUUAUGCGAAUUAAAUGAAAAAUGCGAUUGUUUAUACGAUUCGUCGUCGUCGCCGUCGUCGUGUAAUUUGGUCGCCGUUAAAAUGUUAAGAUCGGGAUCUUCCGAUUUGACUAAAGACACGUUCAGACAACAAGUCAAAGUUUUAUCGAAAAUAAAAGAUUCGAAUAUAGUUAGAGUUUUAGGUGCCUCACUCGACCACGAUCCCAUAUUUGUCGUUAUUGAAUAUAUGGAUUACGGUGAUUUAUAUCAAUUUUUACAGGAUCACGUGGCUGAUACCACGUCUCCUUUACCGACUAAUGCUAAAACGUUAAGUUAUGGCUGCCUUAUUUACAUGGCGACGCAAAUCGCCUCCGGUAUGAAAUAUUUAGAAUCGUUAAAUUUCGUUCAUAGAGAUUUAGCCGCGAGGAAUUGUUUGGUCGGAACAGGUUACAAAAUAAAAAUAACCGAUAUUGGUAUGAGUAGAAGUUUAUAUUCUGGUGAUUAUUAUCAAAUAGAUGGAGAUCUUAUGUUACCCAUACGUUGGAUGUCGUGGGAAAGUAUACUUUUGGAAAAAUUCACUACGAAGAGUGACGUUUGGUCUUUUGCCGUGACGCUGUGGGAAAUAUUAACAUUCGCAAGAGAACAACCAUACGAAGAAAUGUGCGACGAAAAAGUCAUUGAAAACGUCGGUCUUCUAUAUCAGGAUUCUGGAAAAAAUGUUUUAUUACAUCAACCGAAAAAUUGCCCGAAAGAAAUUUACGACCUGAUGAAAGAAUGUUGGCAAAGAAACGAAUCCGAUCGGCCAAAUUUUAGAGAAAUUCAUUUGUUUUUACAAAGGAAAAAUUUAGGAUAUAAUCCCGUGUGA